CCAAGCAAGGAUGACACACACAAAUCUAGAAAUGAUAAAAAGUUAAAGACUGUUCAAGGAAUCAAGGGAGUUAUAAAAGAGGAAAGUUACCUUCAGAUAUGGCACAAAUAUUUGCCGUGCAAUGGCAGAGCUCCACAGCCGAGGAAUACUGAUGCGAGACUUGAAGCCUGCAAACUUCCUUGUGGAUGAUUAUGACACAGCAGUUGUGGCGGACUUCGGACUGUCAAAGCUUUUGAAGGAGAGUGCCACCACCACUUUGUUGCGCGGCCAGGUUGCGGGCACCCCUUGUUAUAUGCCACCUGAGGCAUGGGGUGCAGGCGAUGGGCGACUGCAUCAGACGUCUGAUGUUUGGAGCUUUGCGUGCUCAGUCAUCGACAUGUUCACUGGAAACCCACCAUUCGACAGUGCCCGGUCGAUUUUAGAAAUUCAGAAGCGCGUGGCGCUGGAUAAAGAAAAGCCUCCGGUUCCUUCCGGGUUGCCCGCGGAGGUGACAGAGGCUCUCAAGAAAUGCUUUGCCUUUGAUGCUGUGCAACGGCCAAGUUUCGAUCAGUUGCUGCCCAUCUUUGAGCGGAACCAGAUGGCACAAGGUCGAGUAAACCUGCCAGUAAACGAUAGGCAAGAUUCGCCGGCUGCGUCUCCAAGGGAGGUCCCAAGCCCACCACCAUCGGAACCUUCCCCUCAAGGAAGUUCGGAUCCUUCUGCUCCUCCGCAAAGGUCCAGCGGCCUUGUCCGCGAGCAUGCGAGGAGAAAGUUCAGCAGGACGUCACGUGCAAGGUCACCUGUCGAUGUCGAAUUCAUGGCAGAUAUGCAGAGGAGAUUGCCUCUGCUGCUGCUCGUUGUGGUCGUCUUCCUCUUUGUCGUCUUCCUCCACGUGUGCUUGUCGUGUCGGCCGUGGAAGCAACCUCGAAAGCGCACGGCGUCGACGAAAGGCACUGUGCUUCAAGAGGAACGUCCCAUGGCGGGCAUGAAGGCAUGCGCUGUUCUGCCUGCAGCUGAGGGCGGAAGAAGACCUGCGACGACGGAGCCUUCACGGCGGUACGACCCGUCCAUGUACAACCAUCUGCUGUCGUGGGAGACGCCGCUGCCUCCCUCGAACGAGGAGCCGGAGGGGGAUGAACUUCCAACGUUUCCUCUCGCCAGGGGGUCGACGCAGCUGUUGUCGCAGACGGUGCUCGUAGGCGGGUCGGCAAGCAACGAACGCGGCGAGUACACAUCACUCCUGCAGCAAGGCUUGGGAGACGGCGACGACGGGGGAGUUGAUCUCCGGUUCGGCUUGAGUUCUGGCGGUGCCAUGGAGGCGAGCCGCACGGUCAUCACCGCCGCCCAUGCUUCCGCACGUGGCCUGCAGCAGCCUCGAAGGGAGCAGACGGAACCUUCCACAGUACGUGGCGGCGCGUCCGUCGCUGGCGGCGUCGCUGGCGGUGUCGGGUCUUCGCCAGCAGCCCGGCAGCAUGUAUCGAGUGCGCCGUCUGGGGAACGAUUGACGGAUAACUGGGACGUGCGCACUGCUGCCGCAGCACCGUCCCUGCGCACCAGCGGUGCACGCUCGUCAAUGCUGAACCGAACAACGCCCGCGCCACCCAAAGGGAGGGACGAGGGCGCCUGCAGACCACCGGCGGGUUCAGGAGCCAGUGUGGAGAACAUCACUCGAGGCGUGUCAAACAUGCAGGCACUCGAGACGAUUUGUUUUCUGUUCUCAUCGAAGUCGAUCCCCACAUCGAGGAGGAUGUUGUGGAGAGUGCAGACGGCGACGAAUUGCUGUGGCAAUGUUUCCAGGUUUCUUCCAAAAUCUUGGGUGCGUAUCAAGAAGACUGUUUCCAGCCCGAAGUAUGGUUGGCCCUCAAGCGACAAGAUUGCGCCAAUGCACGAAUGCCUUGGAAUUUUGAGGAAGGUGGACACAGAGGAUGUUGUCCUAGUACGGUAUUGCUUCUCAGACGAGCCGAUGAUAUUCAGGAUGGAGGAGUUGGAAGUGACGCCGGCUUUUCGCGAAGGCGACACGGUCCGAGUGAAAGGCUCUGUUCAGCGGCCUCGGUUUGGAUGGGGUGAUGUCACACGAAAUGUGAUCGGCACUGUCGCCGCCAUCGACACUGAGAAAGCGACAAUCAAGGUUGAUUUUCCAGGCUACUCGUCCGGGUGGGUUGCGGAUCCGUCGCAGAUGGAGCGGCUCUCAAGACCCUUCCGUAAGGGCGACUGGGCAAAGCUCAAGCCAUCGGUGCUGAGAUCCAGGAGGGGUGAUAGUGGUUUGCAGGAUAUAAAUGAAUCCAGCUUGGCGAUUGUGAAAGAUGUAUUGGACGGUGGAAAAGUCAAGCUGGACUUCUGCUUCAAGAAUACGUAUAUGGUCAUGGACCAGUGUAAUGCUGAGUUGUUGGACACCCCUCCGUUCGUUCUGAACGAUCAGGUAUCGGUGAAGCGGUCGGUGACAUCGCCUCGGUACGAGUGGGGCGGAGAAGACUAUGAGAGCGUUGGGCCAGUUGCGGAGAUCCGUGCUGACGGUCUUAUCAAGGUGCAGUUCUAUGACAGAGGUUUGCUGUGGGCUGCUGACCCUGCAGAGCUCUUUGUGGUUCACCCAGCACGGGCUUUCCGGAAGGGCGACUGGACGCAGGUGAAGAGGUCGGUGUCAGAGCCGAAGUACAAGUGGGGUGAUGUUAAGCCGGAGAGUUUCGGAGUCGUUGCGGAUAUUGACGAAGACGGAGAUCUAAGGGUAGACUUUUGUUUCAGACCGAAGCUGUGGGUUGCCGUGCCUAGUGACAUGGUUCUCUAUAAUCCGCCGCCGUUCAAACUGGGGGAUAUGGUGAGGGUGAAGCCGUCUGUGCAAGCGCCAAGAUGCAAUUGGGCAGGGGAGACGCACAAGAGUGUCGGAUUGAUUGCGGACAUUCGCCAGGAUGGCCUGUUAGAGAUACGAUUCUCCAGCCGGCCCAGUCUGUGGAAAGCCGAUCCGGCGGACAUGAUCCUGGCAAGAGGGCAGACACAAACUCAGGGUGCGCGAGAUUCCGACAGCGAUGCAUCUGUUGCAGCUGAACUUCUGAUGCAGUUGCUGGGGAAGGACAGGAUAGCGGACAUGUUCAAAGGCCUCCGCGUUAAAGGGAAUGAGUGAUGUGGCCAUCUAUCGAUCUAUCGUGGGAGUGGGAGUGUGUGGAAGCCCGAUCCUGCCAACAUGA